UUUUGGCUUCCCUCAUUACCCCUCGCCACACCUAACUUCCUUCCAGUUUCACCGCCCAACCCCCACGCCACCACAAUCCCUCUCGUAUUAGACGUUGCUAGCACAAUGAGCAAAAUCAAACAUUUCUCCGAUUUCUCUUAGAACACUUAACAAACACGUACGGUUCAAAAUCAAAACCAUUUACUGUAAGAAUUCCACAACACUUUACCAAACACAGACACUUCCAAAAUGAAUACAGCCACCGCCACUGCAACCACCACGUCACUCUUCUUCAUUUCCAAAACCCGGAGCAAUUCAGUUCCUCCGUUUUCAUCUUCAUCUUCCUGUUUCUUCGCUGGCGGGUCCCGUUUCAAGAAGUUUCCACCAGAUUCUUUGUCUUCUGCUUCUCAAUUCAAUAAGAAAAUAUCCGCAAGGAGGUUUGGGAGCGUGGUCGUGGCCGCAGCUGAUUAUUACUCCACUCUCGGCGUUCCAAAGUCUGCCGAUAGUAAGGAAAUUAAGUCUGCUUAUAGAAGGUUGGCUCGACAGUACCAUCCUGAUGUCAACAAGGAACCUGGCGCAACUGAAAAAUUUAAAGAGAUUAGUGCUGCUUACGAGGUACUAUCAGAUGACAAAAAAAGGGCUUUAUAUGAUCGAUAUGGUGAAGAUGGAAUGAAAAGUGCCGUGGGUGGACAAGCUGGUAGCUACACGACAAAUCCUUUUGAUCUAUUUGAGGCAUUUUUUGGCCCUAGUAUGGGUGGAUUCCCUGGAAUGGAUGGAAGUGGAUUUGGAAUGCCUCGCCGUAGUACAGUUACCAAAGGUGAAGAUUUGCGCUAUGACAUGACACUGGAAUUUUCGGCUGCUAUAUUUGGAACAGAAAAAGAAUUUGAGCUAUCCCAUCUCGAAACGUGCGAAGUUUGUGAUGGUACUGGAGCAAAAGUAGGCUCCAAAAUGAGGAUAUGCUCAACGUGUGGUGGUAGAGGUCAAGUUAUGAGAACUGAGCAAACACCUUUCGGCAUGUUUUCACAGGUUUCUGUAUGUCCAAAUUGUGGCGGGAAUGGUGAAAUGAUAUCUGAAUUCUGCCGCAAAUGCUCCGGUGCGGGCAGGAUACGGGUUAAAAAGGAUAUCAAAGUCAAAAUUCCUCCUGGAGUGAGCAAGGGCAGUAUUCUCAGAGUUGCUGGAGAGGGCGACGCAGGACCAAAGGGGGGGCCACCUGGAGAUCUUUAUGUCUAUCUUGAUAUUGAAGAGAUUCCAGAAAUUCAAAGAGAAGGCAUAAAUCUCUCUUCAACAGUUUCAAUCAGUUAUCUGGAUGCCAUAUUGGGGACUAUUGUCAAGGUUAAGACGGUUGAAGGGACUACUGAACUGCAGAUUCCUCCAGGUACUCAACCUGGAGACGUGCUUGUCUUGGCAAGAAAAGGUGCACCAAAAUUGAACAGACCGUCAAUACGUGGUGACCAUUUGUUCACUAUUAAAGUUAGCAUACCAAAGCGUGUCAGCACCAAGGAACGCGAACUGCUUGAAGAACUUGCUUCUCUUGUAAAUACCCCAGUCAACCGUACAAAAACUCGUCCAAAGGUUCAACAACCUGCUCAAACUACAGAAAGUGAAACAGGAUCUAUUACACAGAAACCUGAUGAAUCGGAAGUCCAAAAUGAUUUGUGGAAGCAACUGAAAGAUUUUGCCGGGUCUGUAGCAAAUGGAGCUCUAAAAUGGUUCAAAGACAAUCUUUAAUUCAAUUGGCUGAUAAAAUGCAUUCUCACUAUUUCUCCACGCCAUACACAGCCAUUGAUUUUGAUGACUUACAAUGGCCAUUACUGGAAUCUGUUAAGAGAAUUUAAAUUGAAAUCGGUGGGAAUUCUUUGAUUUUUUUACAUUGUUCUCUUUUGUAAAUUGUAGCAUUUCUUAUUUGGAGUUACCUGCUCAAGUGUAUUUUCUCAAUGGUAUUAGCUAGAAAAUGCUGUAGUGUACUGAAUUAGACAGUAUAUCAAAUAAGAUUUUACGUUUAUUUUUUUUCUUAA